AUUAAAUUUUACUCAUUUCAAAAUGGGCAAUGCCUGUACAUGCUAAUGUUAAACUAAACCAAAUGACGAAAAUGAACUCAAUACAAAUUAAAAACAAUAAAGUUAAUCAAAACUAACAGCUAAACCUGAUAAUGCUUAAAAUUAAGACCCUGAUGGUAAAGAAAAGAUCAGCAACCAAUUAAAGGAUGAAGAUGUAGCUCAAAUGGCAGGGGCUCGAAACAAUUCUAUUGAGGAUAGUUCUUCCCCAAAACUUAUGAAAAGAGAAAAUGAUGAUAACAAACCUGAAGAACAAUAUAUCGCAUAAGUUUAAGCAACGAAAAAUAAAACAACAAGAACUAAACUGGGAGCUAUUGAAAUGAAAAAUGGAGGUGUCUAUGAGGGGGAAUGGAAAAAUGCAACGAGAGAUGGUUCAGGAAAAUAUGUGUGGCCAGAUAGAAGUUUUUACGAAGGGGAAUGGGUGGAAGAUAAAGCAAAUGGAUUUGGAAAAUUAGUUCAUGUUGAUGGGGAUAUUUAUGAAGGGUAGUGGUUAGAUGAUAUGGCAAAUGGCCGAGGCGUUUAUAUUCAUAGUGGAGGUGCUAGAUAUGACGGAGAAUGGAAGAAUGAUUUGUAACAUGGAUAAGGAGUGGAAGUAUGGCCAGAUGGAGCCAAAUACGAAGGUAGAUAUGAAAAUGGUAAAAAGCAUGGACAAGGAACUUUGACCUUUGCUGAUGGCAGUUAUUAUAAAGGAGAUUUUGUUGAAAAUGAUAUAACUGGAUAUGGAGAGUAUUAUUGGAAAGACGGUAAGUCAUAUAAAGGACAAUGGAAUAAUAGUAAAAUGAAUGGAAAAGGAGUGACUUAAUGGGCUGAUGGCAAGAAAUAUGAAGGAGACUAUAAGGAUGAUAAGAAACAUGGAUUUGGCAUAUUCUAAUGGGAAAAUGGUAGAAAAUAUGAAGGGUAUUGGAUUAAUGGAAAAUAACAUGGAAAAGGUAUGAUUACACUUCCAAAUGGAGAAAAAAAAGAAGGUAUAUGGGAAUAUGGAAAAAGAAUUAAGUGGUUAAAUGCUGAUGAAUCACCAAAUGGAUGAUUUAUAAAUUCUUUUAUUAAAUCAUAUCUACUUAAUGUUAAAAAUAUCAUAUGAAAUGCUGUUUGCAUCACUGUUAAUUUAAUUCAAA